AUGCAUUGGGAUGAAGCAACCCAGCUGCGGUUGUUUCAAAUGAAUGAAAUGGAUGAAUUUAGGCAUCAUGCCUAUGAGAGUGCUAGUUUGUACAAAGAAAGGAUGAAACACUAUCAUGAUGUCAAACUGCUGAAGCGAGAUUUUCAACCGGGUGAUUUGGUGCUGCUGUUCAAUUCAAGGUUAAAACUCUUUCCGGGCAAGUUGAAAUCUAAGUGGUCCGGCCCUUUUACUUUGGUGAGUGUGUCACCCAAUGCGUCAAUGGAGUUAAAGUCUGAUGACGGCACGCAUACUUUCAGAGUCAAUGGCCAUCGAGUCAAGCAUUACCAUUGGAUGGUUGAUGGUGACAGGAUUGUCGAUGCUCACCAAUUAAAACAUGGCACCGGAUCAUAG